CGGGGCGACCCGCGCAUGUCGCGUCACGACCCGCGCGCCGCCGCUGCCGCCGCCAUGAUGCUCCGCCGGCUGCCCCGCGUCCCCGCCCCGCCGCCCCUCCCGCCGCCCGCCGCUGCCGCCCGCUCCGUGGCCACUGCAGUGCCCCUGACCCACGUGGAGGUGGAAGGUCGCAGGGAUCGGCUACCCCUCAUCCUGCUCCACGGGCUCUUUGGUAGCCACAGCAACUUCCAGACGGUGGCCAAGACACUGGUGCGCCGUGGUAGUGGCAAGGUGCUGACAGUGGAUGCCCGGAACCACGGCAGCAGCCCCCACAGCCCUGUGAUGACCUAUGAAGCGAUGAGCCUGGACGUGCAGCACCUCCUGAGCCGCCUGGGCAUCACCAAGUGCAUCCUUGUGGGACACAGCAUGGGGGGCAAGACAGCCAUGACACUGGCCUUGCAGCGGCCAGACCUGGUGGAGCGCCUCAUCUCCGUAGACAUUGGUCCGGGCUCAACCGCCCCCGUGUCCGAAUUCUCUGCCUACAUUUCAGCCAUGAAGGAGGUGAAGGUCCCAGCGGGGCUGUCCCGCUCGGCAGCACGCCAGCUGGCAGAUGACCAGCUGCAGCCCGUGGUCAAGCUCCCACAGCUGAGACAGUUCCUCCUCACCAACCUGGUGGAGGUGGAGGGCUGCUACAUGUGGCGGGUGAAUCUGGAGGCUAUUUCCCAGCACCUGGCAGAUAUCAUGAACUUCCCUGUCUUCCAAAAGCCAUAUCCUGGUCCUGCACUCUUCUUGGGAGGGUCCGACUCGCCCUAUAUCAGCUCCAGAGACUACUCAGAGAUCCAACGUCUCUUCCCAAAGGCAGAGAUCCAGUACAUUAAAGGUGCAGGCCACAUAGUCCAUCAGGAUAAAUUUGAAGAAUUCAUCACUGCUGUCCUCAAUUUCCUGCAAAAGCUGUAGCACUGGGGACCAGGGUUUCUGCAAGGACCAUGUGGAUCCUGAGGAGCUCUGGACAGUGAUGUAGGGCUCAGGUUCUGAGGAUGGGCUCAGCUGGGACUGGCUGCCCUCACUGCAGUCUGAUCCUGCCUGCAAGACCUUCUCCCAUCCUGAUUCUCCUGCAGCCAGAGCAGAGAAGCACCUGCAUCCUGCUGAGAUCUCCUGCCACCUCUCAGGGACAUGGGAUGCCACUGGCUCAGGACACUGUCCUGCCUGCACAGGGGUGUCAGGCACAUGGAGGCAGCAGGAGAGCCCUCUUGUUUUCCAGCUGCCAGAAAACAAGAGGGCUCUCCUUUCAUGGAUCUGGCUGUGACUUUGCAGAAUGUGCAAUAAAGCUGAAUCCGUGCCAAGGCAGAA